AUGACCGAUUCGACAAAUGCCCUGUCGAGGCUAAGCUCGACGAGUGAGCUGGCGAGGAGGAACAUUGCCAGGGAGACAAUUACCAAAAUUGAUGAUGCCCCUGUACCGACCCCUGGUAUCAUCAUGCAAAUCCGGACGGGAAAGGUGAAGAAGAAUGCUUUGGGAGGGGAGAUCACAUCAGCCAUCUAUAAGCAAGUACGGGAUGGGCCGGUGUACUGUACGGAGACAGGACUUGUUGGCGACGAGCAUGUGUAUUAUCUCCAUGGCGGUCACGACCGAGCUGUCCAUCAAUACGACCCGAAUCACUACGCGGAUUGGAGGAGCGAGAAUCCUCCCAAGCCUGGGUUGUACGAUGUCGGUGGAUUUGGAGAGAACAUCAGCGCGACGAAUAUGAGUGAGGAUAAUGUCUGCAUUGGGGAUGUGUUCAAGGUGGGAGAGGAUGUUCUGCUCCAGGUGCGCGAGCCUCGACAUCCGUGCUAUAAGCUCAAUUCACGCUUCGAGUGGCCUCGUGCACUUAAGCGCACAUUACGAUCUGGACGGUCUGGCUGGAAUUAUGGCGUUUUGAAGACGGGGUACAUCAACAAAGGGGAUACUAUUACGCUCGUGGAAAGGCCCUUGCCGAAGUGGUCCAUUACGAAUGUGCAAAGAGUCAUCAGGGGUAAAGUGGUACCUAUCUCACUGGUUGCGGAGUGUGCUGCGCUGCCCAUGACAGACCUAUGGUUGGACCUUGCCAAGAGGAGGCUGAGAGAAGCACCCAAAACAUACACUCUGGUCAGAGCGUGGUACGUCACACCGCGCGUGAGGAAGCUCACCUUCGCCCUGAAGGAGCCUCUCCCGAUCAGCCAGCCUGAGUUUGAUCCCUACGCCUUUGCACAGAUCAAGUUCGGACCCGAUCUUAGCAUUGCUCGGUCAUAUUCUAUCGUCGAGGGGACUUUACAGGAAUUCAGUCUCGGUGUUGCGCUCGAUGAUCACUCUCGAGGAGGAUCGGCGUAUCUUCAUAAGAAGCUCAAGGUUGGGGAUAGCAUUGAGAUGUCGCCGGGGGCGAAUCCCAAAACGGUUGAGAACGACAAGACGUGUGAAGAGGAGGGGAGCAACGCGGAAAGAUUAAUAAUUAUCGGUGGCAUUGGAGUCACUGCCUUUAUGCCGUCGAUACGAGAUUGGGAGCAGAAAGGCCUACCGUACCAUGUCCAUUACGCCGUAAGAAGUCCAGAGGACGCGGCUUUCCUCGACGAGAUCCCUGUCGACAAAGUCACUCUCUACGCAAAGUCAAGAGACGAACGAUUGGACAUCAACAAAGUGAUACCAUCUCUCGGACACGGUACCUGCCCUGCCCGCAUCUUCAGUUGCGGUCCUUCAAGAAUGAUGAAAGCCUGUGAAGAGCGUGGCGCAGAGCUAGGCUAUCCCGAGCACAUGGUGCAUUUCGAGGACUUCUCUGCUCCGGGUGGCGAUGAUCUAGGACAGGAAUUCGAAGUUGAAGUUGAUGAGCCGGAGACUGAUCGCCAUGAGACGCUCAAGGUACCUUCGGAUCAAAGUCUCCUGGAUGUGCUGAAUGAUGCUGGCUUUGAUGUUUUGUUCUCCUGCAAGAAUGGAGGCUGUGGCGCUUGUAAAGUCACGUUGUGCAAUGGGAAAGUGGAUUUCAAAAGUGCCGUGUUGAAAGCGGAGGAGAAGAAGAGUGCUUUGCAGAGUUGUGUUGAUCGAGGGGUUGGGAAGAUCAGGAUUGAGAUUGAUUGA